AUGAGAUUGAAGCGGUCGGCGCCUUGCUUUCCGACAAUCUCCACGGAAUCGGAUAUUCGCGAGCGUAUCAGCACACGUCGCAAGAUGCGUGAUGUGGAGUCUCGCUUGGAUAAAAUCUUGGACUACGAGCUGCCCUAUGCGUCCGGAUUUAAGGAAAUGCGCAACACUUUGCGCGAAAUCAACGAUAAAAUGGCAAAGCAUCGUCUGCUUGUUGAUCGUUACUCGGGACUUCAAAUGAACGAGGACAACGAACCAGUAGCGGAUCGCGUUGCGGCUAAGGUGGAUGAAUUGAUACCAAGAGUGCCUGCGUUGUCCGGAGUGCAAAAUCCUUUUAAACCGCGAAGUGAUGAAAUCACGAGUUCAUUUGAUCCUCGACUUAUUCCGGGCUACUCAACGGGUCUCUGCGUUACGCCGAGCGAAGGGACCGCAGAGCUGCGUGGACGCAUUCGUAACCUGCUGUGCAGGACUCGAGAGACUAGCCGACAAGAUGCCGCCAACCCCCAUCUAAAGCCUUUUUCUACCACUCACAGAAAGGCCGAAGUAGUCGCUGAAUGA